GAAGAUUUCGAAAGAGAUAAAGAUUCUCAACAUAAAUCUUCUAUCUCGUUAUAUCGAAACCAAAUUAGGAGAAACCAUACGUAACAUAAAAUUAGGACUAAGCAGUUUUUCAGUUAUUAAGCUCAUAAUUAAAGAAUUGAAGCAAGACAGUGAACUAUUGAACAAGAUUAAUAUUCUAUUCAGCAAGAAGAUGACAAUGGUGGAAGAAGUGGUGGCUAUAGAGGAGGAAAUCAACGCGGUCGCGCCUCCUCCGCCCAACUUCUCGGUGGUCGAAGACGGCGUUUACCGCUCCAGCUUCCCUAAACCUUCAAAUUUUGCUUUUCUUGAAACCCUAAAUCUUGUAUCCAUCAUAUGCUUAUGCCCUGAACCCUAUCCCGAGGAGAAUCUUGAGUUUCUUCAAUCACAUAAUAUCCGUCUCUUUCAUUUUGGUAUUGAGGGCAAGACGGAUCUUUCUCAGUCUAUUGUCAAAGAUACAAUCACAGAGGCUCUCAAAGUUUUAAUUGAUGUGAAAAAUCACCCAGUUUUGAUCCAUUGCAAUAGUGGAAAGCAUAGGACUGGUUGCCUUGUUGGAUGCAUGAGGAAAUUACAGAAUUGGUGUUUGGAUUCAGUGUUUGAAGAGUACAAAAAAUUUGCCGGUGCCAAAUCAAGAAAUACGGAUUUGGAAUUCAUUGGAAGCUUUGAUAUCUCAAACAUGAGACAAUGUCUUUACAGCAUCAUAUACCAAUACCAAGGAUUUGCUUCAAACAAGCCUCGCUUGUUGUUUAGAUCCGGUGACAACAAUAUACAGAAGCCACAAUUGACUAAAGUUUAAUUAAUUAGUUAGCAGCAUCCACAUCUUUGAUUUGGUUCAUUUUAACUUUUAAUAUAAACCAAUUAAAGUUUAUGUGGAGAUAAGUUGGUGUUUCGUCAUGAACAAAGAAUUGAGAUACAAGUCAAACCUUAACUUAGUGUGUCUACUCUCAAAUUAGAUGUUUGUUCUUUGCCUAAUUGUAUUAAUAUGCAAACAUCUACUCCAUUUAGUAAAUUUUUGUGGGAAAAAAAAAACCUACACUUUAUAUUAGGUCUCCUGAUUAAUUUUCAGUGGAGCAGUGUAAACUUUUAUCUCUCAUUUUGAAAUCAUUUGUACAGCUUAUAGUUUUUGUUAA